AUGAAGACCCAAGCGAAAGGAGUAGCUGCGGGGGCCGACCAGACAGGGACCAGGGAGCAGGGCCCCAGAGGGUGGGAGGCAGCCAAGGCCACAGGCUCGGAAGGUAAUGCUCUGGUUCCCAGAGCCCUCUGGCUCUGUGUGGACUCCGUACCCGGCCUGGCGCUCUACUUCUACCUCAGAGUCGCCCUCCUCGGCUGGGGAGGCCUCGCACAACCUCCAUCCGGGUGUGAAACUUCACACCGCCGAAUCCAGUGGACAACCGCGCUUGUGCGCCGCGCCAACCGUCUGGGUCGCUUUUUGACUCCGCCGGAAAAUCUGGAAGGUGGGUAUUUGGCGCACAGCCUGGCCAUCAUGACGGAUGCAGCCCACCUCCUGGCGGAUGUGGGCAGCAUGAUGGGCAGCCUCUUCUCCCUUUGGCUCUCAACCCGUCCAGCCACCCGCACCAUGACCUUUGGCUGGCACCGCUCAGAGACUCUGGGGGCUUUGGCCUCCGUGGUCUCCCUCUGGAUGGUCACUGGCAUCCUCCUGUACCUGGCCUUCAUCCGCCUGCUGCACAGCGACUACCACAUCGAGGGGGGUGCAAUGCUGCUGACCGCCAGCAUCGCAGUCUGUGCCAAUCUGCUAAUGGCCUUUGUGCUGCACCAGGCCGGGCCCCCCCACAGCCACGGGUCUAGGGGGGCAGAGUAUGCACCGCUGGAGGAGGGGCCGGGGGAGCCCCUGCCCCUGGGGAACACCAGCGUCCGGGCAGCCUUUGUGCAUGUGCUGGGGGACCUCCUGCAGAGCCUUGGGGUACUGGCCGCCUCUGUCCUCAUCUACUUCAAGCCUCAGUACAAGGCAGCUGACCCCAUCAGCACCUUCCUCUUCUCCAUCUGUGCCCUUGGAUCCACAGCUCCCACCCUCCGAGAUGUUCUUCGUGUCCUUAUGGAAGGUUCCCCCCGAAGUGUGGGGUUUGAGCCCGUGCGGGACACACUGUUGUCGGUGCCAGGAGUCCGGGCAACUCAUGAGCUGCACCUGUGGUCCCUUACGCUCACUUACCAUGUUGCCUCCGCACACCUGGCUAUCGACUCCACGGCUGACCCUGAAGCUGUCCUGGCUGAAGCCACAUCCCAGCUCCACUCCCGGUUUGGAUUCUCCAGCUGUACCCUGCAGGUUGAGCAGUACCAGCCCGAGAUGGCCCAGUGCCUGCGCUGCCGGGAGCCCCCCCAGGCCUGA